AUGCCCAAUGUCUUUCUUCUUCACGUCAUCCUGUCCAGGACAGAUCAACGAAUUAGCGUGGCUGUUGGCCUCCUCCCACCGCUAUUGCGCGGCUGGUUCGAGAGCUGCUUUCCUGAAUGGAGUUUACCAAACCGCCUCGUGCUAAAGGCGUGCAAGGACGGAUGGGAUCAAGAGUUCCUAAUUGAGAAAUCAGCGUACGCAACAUGGAAGAGCCUUCAAGGAAUAAGGAUUCCCGGGUAUUUUGGCGAGUUAACGUACAGAGGUAUCAAAGCCAUUCUUCUUUCAGACAUUGGGGGUACUCGUGUCGGCGAGCCUGCCGGGGCCCUUCUGGACAAGGAAGAAUUCCGUCGAUUGAUAAAGGACACAUUAAGCGACCUGGCUCAAUUUGGCGCCUUGCCUGAUGACACUAGAUUAGAAAACUUCCAUAUUGUUGGCGAUAAGAUCAUGGCUGUCGAUUUUGAGAUGGUCGAUGAGGUCGCUUCUGCCAGUCAAAUACAAGAUUUGACUGAUUGGCUAGCUGAACUCUAUGGCAACCGCCAGCAAGAUUUAUUGAACUCUGGGAAAAUGGACGAGUAG